GAAUCGUGAUCAUCCAUCAGGCUGCGAGGAUCAGCAAAAACUUCGAUAAUAAAAUUUAUCAUAUUCACUUUUCAAAUUGCAAAAAUUAAAAAUUUAAAAACGCAAAAAUGAAAAAACCAUAACUAAUCCGGGCAUCUACGCUCUACGGGAAAACGUCUGAAGUCCAAUUCCAUUGGAAUCUGUGAGCGCAGAACUCUGUUCUGCGGCUUCUCCCAGCGGAUGUGACUUCCAUUUACCAGUUACUGGUUUUGUCACCGGAACCGGAAAUGAGGGAAGUAGUGUAGUCAACGUACACAACGCAGUGAACAGUUUUAUAGCACUUCAGAAAUUUGUCGUUUUUGCAGUUUUACUCUCUUUUUUAAACUUUUGAAUUCUGUACAAUUGUAUACUGUAUAUAAAACACUUUAGUACUGUUUUCGAUUUCGUGUUUUGUCGUUUUGUGAUUGAAAUUUUGAAUACGAAGUACUGUACUGUAUAUGAGUGUGUAACUGUGUGUUGAAGAAGCAGAAGCUCCAUUGAUACUGGUCUCAUUUUGUCGAAUGUGAUCACAGUCUGUAAAGUGUGAACCUGCCUACAUUUUUUGCCUACCGUGUACCACCGAUUUACAUCAACGUUCUUGCUGAUGUGCUGCCCCGCUGGUGCUGAACAUGUUGUUCGACGACGGCCGGGACUGCAGGAGGCUGAUUGAAUGGCAUCUGUAAGCCUACUUCUAUAGCUGAUAGCACCGUGGAUGAAGUCGGGAACUUCAGUGCUUGGUAGUCGGUAGAUGAGCACUGCGCGCCGUUAACACGUCCGUCUUGAAGCGCACGUUUGAAGUCCAAAGAAUAACAUCAUCAGAUUCAUUGGCAGACGUAAUUAGCCACGAUGCGCAUCCCCAACCCCUUGCACCUCAUCCAGCGCCUCCUGUGCGACUCGGGCCUAGUCCAAUGCGACGCCUACUUCUCCUUCAGCCUGACCAUCACCAUCCUGAUCUGCGCCCACUUCCUGGGCGUCUACGACAUCCUCCUCUUCGAGUCCUCCUUCCCCUCCGACUUCUCCUGGCCCCCGCACGUCUUCGACGACGCCUCCUUCGAGACGUACCAGCGUAACGCCGACGGUCGCAAAAUCGACUACCCCGAGUUCUCCUCCAGCCUGACCAGCUCCUUCGAAGAGUGGAAGCUCAACGCGGCCUUUUGGCGGCUGGAGAACGCCAACGACUACUCGGACUGGCCGGCCUUCGCGCCGGGGAUGAUGAGCAUGGUCGGGCAGAUCCCGGUGAUCAAGACGCACAUCAAGUACCUCCAGGCCAUCACCAACCCUGUGGAUCUCCCCCCGCCCGUCGCCUGCACCGCCACGGAGGACGCGGCCAAGAGUCUGGGCCUGCUAAUCGUCGUCAAGUCGGCGCUGGCGCAUUUUGAGCGGCGCGCCGCGAUUCGAAGGACCUACGCCGCCGCAGUGCACCGUCGCGAUGCGCAGCGGGAUUUCGAGGUGCUGUUUGUGCUGGGAGUGGCCGGGGGGAACGGGGUGUCGGGCAGUGGGGAGUUCUCGUGGGAUCUGCAGGAGCGGGUGGUGCGCGAGCAGGCGGAGUUCGGGGAUUUGGUGCAGAUGCGCUUUGUGGAUACGUAUUUUAAUAACACGGCCAAGACGGUGGCGGGGAUCCAUUAUGUGGUGGAUAAUUGUCCGGUGCUGGAUCCGCGACAUGGAUUCUUGUUCCUGACGGAUGAUGAUAUGCUGGUUAAUGUGGAGAAUUUGGAGAAGCUGAUUGAGACGGUGAAGGUUCAGCGGGAAGCGGAAGGAAUUAAAGAUGUUUAUUUGGGCUACAAAUUCCCGGGUUCCAAGCCGAAACGCUGGCGAUUAUCCAAAUGGUAUGUGUCCACGAACGAAUACCCUUUCUCCUGGUAUCCUCCCUACAUUACCGCCGCGGCCAUCCUCCUAUCCAAAGACACGGUAGAGAAAUUCUACUAUGCUUCACACUUUGUCCCGUUAUUCCGCUUCGACGACAUCUACCUGUCCAUCCUGGCGCACAUGAUGGCCGUGGAGAGUCAGCAUUACGGUGACGCAUUCCAUUUUGAUCAUCUGCCGUUCGAUGAGAAGACAUACAAAUUCUACCGGGACACCGUGGUGGCGGUGCACGGCUACCACGAUCCGGAUUUAUUAGAGAGGACGUAUGACAAGUUGAAGAAGCUGAUGGGACGCGCUUGAUGGAUUUUUUAUCAGUAUUAUGCGUCGUUUCAGUCUAGUCGCGGGAUUCCCGAUGUGAACAAUAUGUACAGUACUGCAGAGUGUUUUAAAUUAUUUUCACCUUGUUAAUGAAAAAACACCGUUGCAUUCGGUGAGUUUAUCUUGAUGAGUGCAGCAAGGCUGAAAUAAUGAUGAUUUUUUCGGUAAUUAUGUUAAUUUUUGAAACAUUAUUAAAUUGUUUUCAGACUGACGUAUGAAGAUUUGUAUCUGGUAAGGUUAUUUUGAAAUAAAAUAUGUUGGCGAAAAUUAAA